AUGGGAGUGAAGGUUGAUGGUCAGCAGCAACACCAUUUGCGCCUUACUGAUGACAUCGUACUGAUAACACCUAGCAUCAGCCAAGCGGAACGAAUGCUGACCGAAUCCGACGAAACAUGUGGAUGCAUCGGUCUUCAGCUGAAUCUGGACAAGACGAUGUUCAUGCGGAACGGAUGGGUCUCGGAUGCCCCAUUCGCGCUCAACGGAACGAACAUAUCCGAAUGCACCAGCUACGUUUAUCUGGGUCGGGAACUAAACAUGAUGAACGACCUGACCCCCGAGCUGGGCAGGAGGAGACGAGCGGCUUGGGGAGCGUACAAGAGCAUCGAGGAUGUAGUGAAGAAGACCAGGAACACCCGGCUCCGUGCUCACCUCUUCAACACCACCGUACUUCCUGCUUUGACCUAUGCUUCGGAAACCUGGGCAUUUCGCAAGCAGGAAGAAAACGCGGUGAGCGUCAUUGAACGCGCAAUUGAGAGAGUGAUGCUAGGAGUAUCCCGCUUCACGCAAUUGAGGGACGGGAUUCGAAGUUCUCUCCUACGUCAGCGAUCGAAGAUUAGAGACGCCGCCGCGUUUGCCAAGGAAAGUAAAAUAAGGUGGACCGGGCACGUGAUGCGCUUCAAUGACAACCGUUGGACCAGAGCCGUGAGCGACUGGAUUCCCCGCGAUAUUAAGCGCACUACAGGAAGACCGCCGACCCGAUGGUCAGAUUUCUUCACGAAGUCCUUGAAAGAAAAAUAUGAUGCUCUUCGUGUCCCGCGCAAAAGGAGGAACCACUGGGCUACUCUGGCACGUGAUCGGGACAAAUGGAAGAAUUACUGGCGCCCGCUCGACCAGUUCGAAGAUCAACGGGAGUCAAGGUAA